UAUUAUUUCACUAAGUUGUACUGCUAAAGGCAGUGGACAAUGCUAAGAGACGUCUCUCGAUACGAAAAAUGUUGCGCCGCACGCAUGCGCACAAGAGACGUGCGCGCGUGCGCACACUGCAGUUGCCACAGCAACAGCAACGACCCCCUAAUCAACAAAACGUGUGUGUGCGUGCGAGAGUCGAAAUGGCGGCACCACAGUACAGUAAACUGGCGACCCGCUACGCUGCCCUCACGGCCAGAGCCAAGGCAGGAGACUCUCUCGUGCCAGACACUGCCUACGCAGACUUUCUCAGAGAGCUUGAGAGGCAGCCGCUGCCUAAUGCUGUCCCACGCUCCCCUCCCUCAAAUACUGCUCACAUCCCCCGCAGUACUAAGGCAGGUCAGGGGCAGGGGGCAGACAAGUCUGGGGCUCUCACGGCCAUCUCUGUGAGGGAGAGAGCUCAGCAGAGUCUGGAAGACACCGACGGACACCUGAAGGCCAUUGAUGACCACAUGUGGCAGCACAGACAGGAGGAGCGGGUACUGAAACGGGCUGAGAUGGACGUGCUGAAGCAGAGAAAGAACCUUGAGGAUACUAUGAGAAAACUCAACACUGAGCUGGCAAAGAGGCACGAUGAUGAGGCGGAGCAGUUGGCACUGCGGGAGGAAGGACUGGUCACCUACACACAGGGAGCUCUCCACGAGAGAGGAGACAAAACCAAGGAGCACACAAAGACCGCCCUCGCUGGGAGACAGAGACUCAACGAACAGACCAAGAAAUUCAUGAAGCAAGAGCAGGAGAUGAGUUGGCGCUAUCAGAACCUGCUCAACACACUCCAGAUGAAAAAGAGCGAAAUCGACAGACUCGGUAGUGAAUUCGAGAAAUCCAUCAGAGCUAAGGAGGAGGAGCAGCAUUCUCUCAAGAGAGAGUUGGCAGCUCUGGCCAUCUCCAUGAACAUGGAGGCCCAGAAGAAGCGUCACAUGACGGUAGACACCAGUCAGCAGGCAAAGAGGACCACGGCCAGGGAGAUCCUGGAUGGCCUGAAAGAGCAGGACAGGGAGGGGGAAGAGAAGGGUGCCGUUGAGGCUUCAGGGCGCCGCUACGAGAACCGGAAACGAGAGUUGGAGCAAACAACACACGGCAAAGAGGAUAGGAUCAGAGCCAGGCAAAGACAGGGUAAGCCCCUGGUCAAAAUUAGAGCCUGGCCUUGAUGAAUUCCGAUAUAAGACAAAGUAAUGUACAAGUACAACUCUCUAUGGGCUGGUUGUAUUAUGUUGAAAGAGGGCCGUAAGCUGAUGGACCUACAGACGAGGCAGAGGAUGAACACAGGGCAACAGAGGUUCACCUCCAAUGAGGCUGAGCACGUCCACCUGGACCUGAUGGGUCGCCAGAUCGACGCUCGCAUACAGGAGGUGGAGGCUAAGAAGACGGCGAGAGUGGAUGCAGUCCAGCGGGAGACGGCCAGGAGGAACAGGAGGGAGGUGGAUGCGUGGUCUCGCAGGAUGGGGGAGAGAGAGAACGAGGUCAAGAUGAGGGAGCAUCAGCAGAGACUCAAACAACUCUCUAGAGUGGUGAAUCAGUACGAGGCCAGGGAGCAUGGCCUGUACUCCAAGGCCAGAGAGGCAGAGAGCCUGCGCAGGAAACAGGUCCAGGUGGUGGACAAACUACAGGAAGACCUGGAGCAGCUCAAACAACGCAACGCCGUCAAGUUGAAGCACACUCAACAGCCUGGUCAGUGGUAAGCUCGAUAUACCACUGUUGAUGGAGAAGUUUGGAGUGGAAGAUGAUCACGGCAGUCCAUCAAUGCUCUUUAGUCUCUGUUCAGGCAAGGGACAAAAUGUUUUCAACCUUAGAGCUGCCUGGGGUGGACGUCAGCUCCCGAAACAGCUCUCUGGCCUCCCUCUCCCUUCCUCGCAGUCGGUACAGUUCCGCACGAAGGAAACUAUACUCAAAUUGCCGCAUCUCGAGAAGUAUGUGCUUGCUCUCGUUGACAGUUGCAAGAGUUUCUUCGGCUUUUCGGAUGUCAGCGGUGUCUACCUGUGGCAUAUGACUCCCUGCUUUGGAGCCAAACGACACUCUGAGAUAAAAGGCGGCCUUUGAUAGUGUUAUGGAUGGAAAACUUGCAAGGAAAUAUGGAUCGUCUCGCUUCAAGACACACAGGGCAUUCUCGUACAUUUUUUCGAUCUUCACUCUGGACUCUGUUUCCUGUGCGCUCAGAAUCUUUGCUUCCCUGCAGAACAUGUUGGCUUUGUCGUAGCCGAUCCCCACCAUCUGGAGUCUGUCCUUUGCCUGCUCGAAACACAGCAUUGCCACGUGCUUCCGUCCCAGCAUGAGGUGGUUCUGUGACAUACGCUGAUAGAUUCGGCCCUCUAAUAUCGUCCUGUUGACGCAGUUCAUGUCCCCGCACAAUUCCAGGGCAUCGUUCAAAACUUCAAUGGCCCUGGAAUACUCCCCGUACUUGUGCAUCACGAUGAGUGACUUGAACCACAUUGCAACAAUGUGGCAAUCGGUUUCAGCCUUUAGUGUGGGGUCGCCAAACACCUCAAUUACUUUGUCUUCUAGUUUCCUAUAGUCCCCAAUACUGAAAAAUUCCCACAAGACCCUCUCAGUAUCACUGAAACUUUCACACAGAAUGCCUUCUAUUUUUAUGAAUGGGACAGGCUUCUCAGGUGCCAAUGGCUUUUGGGUGCUCUUGGCUUCACUCACAAGUUGCUGGAUGCAACUGUGUUCGUGGUCUGGCAGUUGUUCACUGAAUAUCUCAUCGAGAUCCACGUGACCAAGAUGAUUUUCUUUCGUCAGUAUGACACAGGCAACCAACUUUCUGCAGGCACUGUCUCUCUUGUCUCCCUCUUGACGCUUGAUAAAUUGGAUGAGCCGUCUGACAAUCCUUUCUGUUGGUAUUUCCAGAUCCAUAAGGUGUUCCAGUUUCUCUGUUUCAUCGUUUGUCAAGAAUGUCAGGAUUGGAAUGAGGCUGGCUUUGAGAACUUCACUGGUGUCUAGAUAAUAUAUCAUAUCCAUACUUUGUCGAAGAACACAGUCUGUCACAUCAACUUGUGUUUCUGCGCUCCCCAGCUUCAUUGACCCUUGGUCUCUUUGGUGUUGGUGGUAGGGCUACCUCCAUGCUACUUGUGGUUGGCUGAGGUUCCUCCGAUUGAGCCCUCUUUUCUCCCAGUGACACUGUCUCCUCCAUGGCAGUGUUGUAGUGGCAGGUCACGAGCUGGGGUGUGUAUGAAUAUUGUACUGCCACACAGCAGGUGUAUACCAAACACACACACACACACACACACACACACACACUACACAUACACUUACCCACAGCACUGUUGCCUACACUUUCACGUACGUACAAGUCUAAUGCUGACUCGGACAACGGUUUUAAACCAGUUUAGAAUUGGUCACAUGCAUGCAUUCUUUCCUGUUAUAAACGAGUACUCCCACAACUGCGGUGUUAUGUAAAGUAUGUGGGGUGUGGCAGCCAUAACAACCAUUUAUUCACAUGACCGGAUGAGCUUCUGCGUGUUCAAUGAUUUGUGUGGUUGUCAUGAGUUUUGUGCGGUGUAAGUCCCACCCAGGGCAAUUCUUGUAACUGACACACUCGACUUGUGUUGAGAACUCCUGAUUAUGUUACAAGAAGGCAGUUGAUGAGCCCUUGUGUGGCCUUGGCCAUUACAGUGCCUCAGUUGAUUACCUACUAUAUCUGAAUCUUCCAUCACUAUGCUAUGUUCAUGUUCCCCGCAGGAGGCGGCUCUGCAGGCAGAGAAGGCGGAGAAGGAGAUGCACCAAAGAUCCUGAGAGGGACGGCAGAGCUCACGAAAGCAGCCAACGUCCAGCACGAGGCCACCCACUCCCUCCUCUCCCACAGACAGAGGACUCUGGAGGACAAGAGGAUGCUGGCCGAGGAGAAGAAGGAGCACCAAUGGAGGUCUAGAAUAGCCCACAGAACUGCCCUAUCAUAGACGACACACACAUGUACGUAGGAAGGAAAUAAUCUGCAAGAAAAGGCAAGGCAAGAGGGCUGGUCUUGUUACUAACCACACAACACCCUCUGAUAUACCGAGUGGAUUUAAAGUUCAUCCUCAACUGCACAAACACUUACAACUAUAAUUCAUACUCAUUAUGACAUAGAACCACUGUUUAUUGUACUUGUGCAUGUCACUUGUUGAAUGUUUCUUCCAUGUUGGCCAGCACUGACUGGUUCAUUUCAUCUGUUUCAUCAAACACCUUGUGUGGGGAGAAUGGAAGAGGGGUUGUAUUACUAUAACGCAGAGCUACCAGUUGCACAUACGUACGCAACCUCAGUAGAGCGAAAAACCCUCCAUAAUCAUCUCAGAAUAAAGGGACACCUCUCUAUUAAAGGACACUUGAUUGUUCAUCCCCACUGUGCAUUACCUCUGAAUAAUGGACACCUUUUGAGUAAGGGACAUUUUGAUGUCCCAAACGUGUCCCAUUUAAAGGUCUUAUACAGUUCUCUUGCAUAAUAUUCCCAUGCCAUGCUACCAUUGAAAAUGUAUUGGAAGCUGGCACGGUGUCUUGUACAUUACGAGAAAGCACACAAGCUUGAUGAUGUAACUACACAGUGAAAGAAGGAAGAGAUGACACGGUGUGGAAGUUGUGGAAGCGAACUGCGAGGACUGAGGAAGUUGUAACUGGGAGUGUUGGGAGAAAGGGCAAAGUUAGAGGAAGAAGGAGUUUCAUCAUCAAAGGGGGUUGGAAGUGGAUGGAUAACAAUGACUUUGGGACUCUUUGUUCAGAUCCGUCCCUCAUUCAGAGGUAACAACAAAUGGGGCAGAACCAAGUGUCCUUUAAACCCUUUGUUCAGAGGGUUUUUGUGAGGUUUCAGUGAAACUUUUG